AGCUAGCGGAGAAAAGCCUCAGCGCGCCCGUCAAUUUUCGAGAGCUUCUGGAUGAGAUGCGAGGUCAAAGCUUGUUGCUGGAAAAGAAAGCUUCUUCUGUCUCAGCGCGCCUAGAUAACCGACUGAAGUUUCUUGAGAUCGGGCGAAGCUUGUGCGAGUCCGAACGCGUGAAAUAUUUGAGCUUGCUGGCUGUCAUCUUCUUACCAUUUUCUCUGGCUUCGAUUCUCAGCAUGCAGACAAGGUUUGGAGACUUAACUUAUCUACUCUAUGAUUUCUUUGGGGUUAUAUCUCUCCUGGGUACUAUGACGUUCAUCCUGCUAGGUAUUGUUCGACUACUGCAAUCCGCAUAUGACAUGUUGUAUAAUUGGAUGGAGACUCGGCCGCCAUCAACCGGGUACCGAAACGCACAAAGAUGGCGGGUUGGCAAAAACGCACCCUUCAUUACGAUAUCAGCAUUUCUUGCUCCGUGGGUCCUUACUGUGGCGUCGUUCUUGGUUGCUAUGAUACACAACGUUGGACUAGGCCUCAAGAUUCUUGGCUAUGGUUUGGGUGGCAUGAUAGUUCUCUUCAUUGCUAAUUUCCUUGUGGUUUGGAUGGUUCGAAAAUAGCUUGGCUAUAUGUGUAAAUCCAUGCCAGCGGCCAAACGCAAUAUUACUGGUGUUGUACUGUCACUCCAUGGUCGCUACGCUAGGAAUACCG